AUGCAACUACCGCAGCCCUUUAAUGCGCCGUCUACUAGUCCGCAAUUUGACCCGAAUUUCAGCUCGUUUCCCGUUUUGCCUGUGAUACCCCGUACAGCAGACACUGUUAACAACACAGCCAUGCAGCUGCCGUUUGUCCCAGCGAACCUACCCAACUUGCAAUCAUCACAGUCGCAAGCUUCGCUCGAUAAGCUCCCGUUCACCUCUUACGGUUUCCCGCCAAUGCCAGACUUGAACAACCCUGGAAAUAUAUUACCUUUCAUGCCUCCAAUGCCCCCAUUUCCUCCAAUGAACUUGGGUGUUUCCAGUCCAGCAUUGGUACCACCAAUCUUCGGCGGAUUUCCGUUCUGUCCCUUCGACCCGAUGUAUCCUACAGCAGCUGGCUCUGCUGGAGGCACUUCUCAAGGACCAACACCGCAACCAUUGCUCCCAAUUCCACCGCGUGAUCGGAAAUCUAAAACCCCGGAGCCUCCUGCGCCGACUAAGGAGUACCUGGCGCAAUCAUUGUUGCCACCGAAACUACAUCCCAGCCGUCAACCUCUACUAGUCAUUCUUGACCUGAACGGCACCCUGAUAUUUCGAAAGCAUCGACGUCUGCCCCCUUCUUUCGCAAAAAGGACGGGCUUGGACCAGUUCUUGGACGCUUUGCUGAACAACUACAAAGUCAUGAUCUGGUCCAGUUCGCAACCAGAGACGGUAAACGCAGUUUGCGAAAAGCUGUUUCCUGGCGAGAAAAGACACUCACUGGUAGCUGAAUGGGGCCGCGAUAAGUUGAAUCUCUCUCAAGCUCAGUACAGGUCAAAGGUGCAGGUCUACAAGACCCUAGAGACGGUGUGGAGCAAUAAAGAGAUUCAAGCCUCGUACCCCAGCUCCCAUCAGAAACGUCGGUCGAAAACGAAGAAAUGGGCGGCGCGGGGGAAAUCACGAUGGGACCAGACGAACACCGUUCUCAUCGAUGACAGCAAACUCAAAGCACUCAGCGAACCCUACAACAUCCUCGAGAUCCCGGAGUUCACAAACGCACCGGGAAUCGACGAGUCUCGCAUAUUUCCCAAAGUCCUGGAAUGCCUCGAGGCCCUAGCCCAGUACGACGACGUCAGCAAGUUGCUCCAGCUUUGGAACUCGAAGCUGGCGGCAAGCAACACAAUCCUUGAUCUUGACAUCGGGGUGAAUCAGUCUCCACAACAGCAAAACGGAGGUUCUUCGACGACGCCGUCAACACCCCAGGAAAUAGCCCAGGCACGCAAGGAAAGACGAAGAGCUCGCAAACAGGAGAAAAAAGCGGCGCGACGGGCUGCUGCCGCUAUCGGCGCUGCACCUGCGAGCCUACCCACUGCCGCUGCUGUUUCUGCCAUAACAGCUGAGGGGGUCAACAAAGGAGCCACUCCGACCGGCAGCACCCCAGCUAAUCCGGGUGACGACAGUGCUAUCCCGACAGCUACAGCUGUGCCGCAAUCGCAUACUAGACGUUCUCCGUCUCCCGCUUCCUCAGUGCAAUCGGAGAACUACCUUCUCGAUCGCCUCGAGGAGUCGUUGAAUGUUCGCCACGACUGA